CUCCCACGUGUGCCGUUUGCCACUUGCCCUCAUCAGUUGCGCCUCUCCACGGUCUAGAACAAACCAUCUUCACUUGCUCUUGCUAGGCGGAAUUCUUUCUUGUUUGUCCUUCACCCAAAGUUCAGUUGGCAAUAUGCUGCAGCAAUGCCCUGGCUUGCCUGGUUCAGACCGACCUGGAGCUUUCGACUCUCGGCAACAUCGGUCUUCUGCCUCGGCACACUUCGGCCACGUAGAUGAUAUGACGACCUGACAGCCUCAGACUACCGAUCUGACCUCUGAUCUACAGCAGUCCUCCUGAACUAGCGCAACUCGUCGACAGACUCGCCCUCAGGCUAACGUUUGGGCGACUAGUGUCACCACAACCCAUAGAAGCCGAUCUGCGUCGUCGUCUGAUCGAGCGGGUUUCAGGCCGCCAGUAAUCGCAAUGUCCACCACAGCUUGGACGUCUACAGGCCGUCAUCUCAUCAGGAGUCUGCCGACGACAGCUUGGUCCCUUGCUGCACCUUCUCUCGGACUCGAGACAUGUCAAUUCAGCCACUCGCGCAAUUAUAUGAAAAGAGGCUGCCCGGGGCCACUGGGGCGUGACCACGCUGAGGGCAGGCCGGAGCUAAAUAACCGCAUUUAUCAUGUCGUUCGCGCUCAUCCGGUCGUGGCCUCUACCGCGGCACAUACCGAGCAUGUCCCAGGUUAACCCACGCCUGCACCUCAAGUCUGCGCGUUCUGCUAUUGGCCAAUCUCCCGGCCUCCAGGGCUCGCCCAUCAUGGGGCGGUAUCAAAGUUGGGAUGGACGAGCGAGCACGUUUCCUUGCGUGGUUGAACUCACAGACCUUGUUCCCGGGCUAGGUAUGGGCCCCAUGUCAAAGCUCUGGUCUCAUCACACAGUCAUGGCCCCUGACUUUGACCAAGGAUGGCAUACUAAUGUCUAUCCCUGCCGAGCACCUCCUCCCAGAACUCCCGGCUAUCAUGGAUCACGCCCAUUUUCACACCUCUUUCCACGAGGCAUACCUUGCCGCUUGACGGUCUUACCCGUCUUGUACAAACUCUAAGAGACCAGUUUCCCUACGAUUUAAUUAAGGCCUAGGGGCACGCCUCAUUUACAGUUGAACUGCUUUUUACAAACUUGCCCUUCUGCAUUUCUGGCGCCCGCCACCUUUUCUAAUUUACUUCUCGGUAUACAUCAUCGUCCUGAGCUCCAAAGAACCGGAUUCACGGGCAUUUACAGCCUGUCGAGAUCUCAUAAUCCACCCCAGCCCAACACUGCCUCCCCAUCCUCCACACAGGAUCCACGCCAUCGAGACAUUCGUGCCACUUGCAGACCGCCUGCGUGUCUCACCUUACUCACGCAACUGAAAUCGGUGAAGAAGCACCAGACUUCCAUUUUUGGAAGAUUUUGACGCACGUUCAAGCCCCGAAAUCCGGGCAUCUGACACCAUCCUUCUGAACCGAGCAAGCACAUACGACAACCCCGAGCUGUGAAGGCGCCAACCCGGCCUCCGAAUUAGCCUUUUUCAUCCACCUGAUCUACUGUCCAUUGGGCCGCUACCACUGCUCUCAAUAGAUGGGCCUCGCCCACGGCUUCCGGCCUGUCGAUUACUCUGCGGUUCUCUCUGUCCCGAUAUCAGUUCCCCAGGAGCCAGUACGAGACUCGGACUCGAAGCCACCCUGCUAGCCAAUGCAGCAGCUUGGCCGCGAACAUCCAAUUAGUUCAUAAUGGAUUCCGACAAUGUUGACAAUAUCGAACACCUCGGCACGCAGCUUGAUGUAUUCAACGUCAUAGAGCGAACGUGCUCGGUUCUGUCUCUACUGGGAUGCAUCUUCAUCAUUGUGACUUUCUGCGUAUCGGACGCUUUCCACAAACCGAUAAAUCGUCUUGUAUUUUAUGCUUCCUUCGGUAACAUGAUGACGAAUGUCGCUACACUCAUGGCACGUACAUACAUACCAUUCCCUGAGUCCGCGGGUUGCCAGUUUCAGGCAUUCCUGAUUCAAAUGUUCAUGCCCGCCGACGCAUUCUGGAUCUUGGCCAUGGCUAUCAACGUCUAUUUAACAUUCUACGCCAAAUUCGACGCACAAAAACUUCGGAAAAUGGAAAUACCAUACCUACUGUUCUGUUAUGGAGUCCCGUUCAUAGUGGCAUUGGUAUUCAUCUUCGUGUCCUCCCCAUCGAAGGGCAAGAUAUAUGGAGAUGCCAGUCUGUGGUGUUGGGUGAAGAGAGAGUGGGAUAUCUUUCGAAUCGUAACAUUCUACGGACCCGUUUGGGCGGCCAUCGCUGUGACGACAUUUAUUUACGUCCGUGCUGGGAGAGAGAUUUACCGGAAGCACAAACAGCUCCGAGAACUGAAUUACACGAGCCACUACGAACCCGAAACGAACGGGAUGAAUGACCCCUUCAGCGUCAAGACGACAGAGGUGUCAGUCACGUCCGAGAUAGUUACAACAUCUCAAGACACGCCCAUCGACCUCGCGCCACUAGGCCGUGCCCAUCGUGACAGCUCGGCAGGCCAUCAAUCCAAGCCGUCUGCAUACUCGGUCAGCAUCUCCGCAGAUGGAUCAAAGGCAGCGGCAGCGAUGCCCACCGCGACAGCAACUAGCAAUGGCAGGAGCAACGACAACACGACGCAACGCUCGGGGCGAAGGAAGGCAAAUUAUGAUGCAAACAGCGCGGCAUGGUCGUAUACGAAAUGCUCGAUCCUCUUCUUCACGGCCAUCCUCGUGACGUGGAUUCCCUCGACAGCCAACAGGGUCUACGGUGUCGUUCAGCCCGACGGGGUCAGCCUGCCGUUGGAAUACAUGUCAGCCUUCGUCCUGCCACUGCAGGGCUUUUGGAACGCCGUCAUCUACAUGGUCACGAGCUGGAAAGCAUGCAAGACGCUGCUGGAUGAUGUCCGCCAUUUCUUUACGGGUGGCCGGAAGACAAACGUGCCGGCCCGGCUGACGACAAUGUCUCGGCUGGGGGUACGGCGUGACAACAUGUCUGUGCCUGGGAGGACUGGGAACUUCGAGAUGAUGAGCAAGGGGCGGAACACAAGGACGGCGUCGGACUUGACCUCGGUCUCGGACUCUACGGAGGAGCUGAGGUACGGGGUGGUAUGAUAGUAUCUAUUGCCUCUUGGCAGCGGACAUUUAUAUUCUGUCUUUAAUGUUACAAUUCUAUUGAAG